UUCACUUCGGAGCAAAUUCUGUUUUUGUCCCCCUUCUGUUCUGUUCUUCGGACAUCUUUUUCGUCGUGUUUCUCGCCGCUCGGAGUUCGCCGGCGUUUGAUCCAGGAUGGUUAAAGUGUCUUUUAACUCGGCUUUGGCUCAGAAGGAUGUGAAGAAGGACGCCGAAACUCUUAUUCCCGAGGAGGACCAAGAUGUCGAGGCGGCUCUGCUGGUGCGCCAGCAGUCCCGGGCCUGGUGCUGGUGCAUGUGCCUGGGUCUCGCCCUCAUGCUGUCCGGAGUGGUGGUCGGAGGAGUGUACUUGUUCCGCUACUAUAUCCCGGAGGUGAGCAGCCAGGCCCGGCAUGGGUGGGAAGGCGAAGAGGAAGGCCAGGUGUUCGUCUGCGGGGUGAACUACCGCGAGGAGGACUUCAUGAUCCAGGAGGAGGACGAGGUGGAGGUGGAGCUGCCAAACGGGUUCCACCUGCGGCAGCUGGAGGAGCGGAUCCGGGUUCUGGAGAGGGAGCAGGUGGAGCUCAUCAACAUACCGGUGCCCGAGUUCGAAGACGGCGACCCAGCUGACAUCGUCCACGACUUCCAGCGGAGGCUGACCGCUUACCUGGAUCUGAGUCUGAACAAGUGCUACGUCAUCCCGCUCAACACCUCCAUCGUCAUGCCUCCCAGAGACUUCAUGGACCUGCUCGGCAACAUCAAGGCCGGCACCUACCUGCCCCAGUCCUACCUGAUCCAAGAGGAGAUGAUGGUGACCGAGCGCCUGGAGCACGUCGAGCAGCUCGGCUACUUCAUCAACAACCUCUGCCUGGGCAAAGAGACCUACAAGCUGCAGCGCAGAGACAGAAUUCUGGGUAUGCAGAAGCGUGAAGCUCUGAACUGCCACAAGAUCCGUCACUUCGAGAACAAGUUUGUGGUGGAAACUCUGAUCUGUGAGCCUUAAGGCGCCUCGUCGUCUCACAACUGCUCUUAAAGUCACUGGCGUGCAGUGAGAUUGUGUUUUUAAUCCUCACCUGUCUUUUUUUUUUUUUUUUUUUUUUUCCUUUCCUUCAGGUAGUUUGAGUGAGUGAGAGGAGUGAAAUGUGAAGCUGUUUGGUAAAUAUUCAUUGAUUGUGAAAAAAAAAAAAACAAACAAGCAAAAAAAAAAGAAAAAAGGCAAAGAGUCGUGUAUUUUUCCACUUUCUGUACGGGGGAACUUCUGGGAAUCUUUUCAGCAAAUAACUAGAUAAAAGUCAGCUGAGUAUCCAAUCGUAAAUUAUUUUAAUCAAAGUAACUGCAAGAGUAGCAUGGGCAUUUAUUUUAAUAGACGCAGGUAAAUGUACUGUUUGCCUAUCUGUCAGUUCAAAUAUAAGACUUUAAAGAAAAAGGGCAACUUUUGUACCACUCGUCCUGGUUUUUGAAACUCCUCAGUCCAGGGAGACUUUUUUUUUUUUUUGUAUUUUUGUCUGCUGUAGCUAUUAAUACACUGCGCCUGUUGUUUCUCAGCUGGAGAACGAUCUUAAAGUGAGAGCGUGGAGGUGUGCUUCUCUCCUUUAGCUUUAAAUAUAAAUAAAUAAAUGAAAUAAUAAAAAAUUAGGAAAAACAAAAGGAGCAUUUACAAUAAGAACAGAGAGAGCUCACACGAAAACGCACUUGUGUUAAAAUCUUUUUCUCGAGGGUUGUCUGUCCUUUUGUUGAAUGUGUAAUUUUUUUUUUGGAUAACUCUUCUUGUUGUACUAAUUUGUGUAUAUAAUCUCUUUAAAGAUAUGAAAAGACCAACACAAUUAAAAAAAAAACAAAAUCA